AAAAUUUUUAAAAAUGUAUCCAAAUUUAUUCAAGCACUUGGAUUUAUCGAAACUUUGUAAUGAUGUAUCAAAACCUAUUGAUUUAUCACUAAUCGAAGAGAAAGCAUUAUGCCUCGACGAAGAAGAAAAAUAUCCAGAACUGUCAGUAAAAAUGUUUUUUGAUUUUAUGAAAACCGCUUAUCAAGUAAAUGAAACUUUUGAAGAAUUAGCUAGUACCUUAUCAGCAAAUAGUGAAAUUGACUGGGCGACGCUUGUUAAAGUUUCGUUAAAUUUAAAAGAAACAGAGUACGAGGCAAAAUCAGAAAAUGUCAUAAAAGAAUAUAAAAAAUUACAAACUACUUGUCUAAGGGAGCCAAAUAAUCUAAAUUUAGCUUCAGAAGCAGAAGCGAUUCCUAUUAAUGUGCAGGAGUCAGAAAGUUUAAUUACACCAUUAGGAGACAGAAGCAAUCAAUUUUUAAAUAUUAAAACUUCAAAUAAAAAUAAUGUGUAUAAAUCAAAAAGUUUAACAACAAUAGAAUCUGCACAAAUAAAAAAAGAAUAUUUACUAACAAAAGUUAUGAAAAGAUGUUUAAGCGAUGUUCUUCAUGAAGGUUUAUUAGAUUCAGUUCUUCCAUAUAUGAUUCCUAAGCAUGUACUCUCACAACCUACUAUAAAAAAGUCUUUAAUUAUGGAUUCUAAAAAAUCAUCCUUUAUCUCUAAUGAUAUGGACAGUUGUAUAAUUAAUGCAAUAACUGGUAACAAAGAAAAAGAUAAAGAUAAAAAUAAACAAAAGAACAGCAUUGAAACUGAAGUAGAAAUCCAUGUAUGCGAUGAAGUAAAGAAUAUCAAGAAGAAUUUUCGUUGUCCUCAAAGAUUAUUAAUACAGAAAAUGUGUUAUUUUGCUGAUGUUACAACUGGUCAGAAAUUAGAAGAAAUGGAUAUUUCUGUACAUUGUGAUGUUGUUAUUUUUGAUUGGCUUAUGAGAUGGGUUAAAAAAGACAUUAUUAAAACAUCGGAAUGGCCAGUUCUCGAAGCACAUAAUGUUAUUCCUAUUAUGGUAUCUGCAUCUUUUCUUCAAAUGUAUCCAUUAUUAGAAAGCUGCCUAAUAUAUUGUCACAUUAAUAUGUCAGAAAUUUUGAAAACUACUACAAUUUUAACCUGUUUAAAUGAUAAUUUGUUAACAAAAUUAGCAGAUCUGUAUACUAAUAUAGACGUAGAAACCAUAAAAGAUAAAAAGGACAAAAUUCAAAGUCGUUUAUUUUGUAAAUUAAUUAUGUCAUUAUCUAAUUCAAAACCAGAUAAUAAAAAAGGGCAUUUUGAUUCAUUAGCUACAUUUUUUAAAUGUGUAAAGUGUGAAAAAAAUGUAGUUUCUUCUGUUUCAAAUUUAAUCCCCUGUAUACCUAGUAAUAUGAGAAUUGAUAUUAAAGGAAAUCUUCACAGUAAACAUACUAGAGAUAUGACAUGGAAUUUAAAUAAUUAUAUUAUUAAUCUGCGAGCCGAAUUACGCUCGUGGCGUAAAAUUUAUUGGAGACUUUGGGGUGAUUGUCAUUUUCUUUUUUGUCGACAGUGUGGAAUUUAUUUUCCCAUUAAUCAGAUGGAUUGGUGCUCUUAUCAUCCUGAAAAUCCACAAUUCUUUAUAAAUGAACAACAAAAAAUACUGCCUUUACCUUUAGGAAGAUACCCGUGUUGCAGUCAAAGAGCUUAUAAAUUUCAAAUCAUAACUAAUAAAAAUGGCUGCAAAUUUCGAGAACAUGUUCCAGAGAUAAUUUCGGAAAAGGAUGAAAAUAUUAUCAAUAUUUUUCUUGCAUAUAGAGAAAUUAUAUCUAUCGCAGUUCCACAGUUAUUUUUUCCAGAAAAAAUUACACGAUUAUUAACCCAUGAUCCUUUACUUCCACCCGGCAAAUUAUGGUGCAAAGAAACAUUUUGGUGGGAAGGAAUUGAAAUUAUACCGCCUAGACCAAAAUUUGGCCUUCUCGCAAAAAUUUGGGGUGGAUCAGGUCUUCACAAAUCGUAUCAUAUAUCUUCACAAAAAAUGGUUAAAAAAAUACAUCAAAGAUCUUUAGCUGAUGUUUCUUCUAUAUCUUCAGAAUUUUUGAGUGAUGAAGAUGAAAAAAGUCAAGAUGAAAACAGUAGCAUCGAUGAAGAAUCUAUUGAAAGUGAAGAAUUUUGCGAUUGUGAAUCUACUGAUGUUUCAAUUAAAAAAAAUAAAACAAAAUUUAAUAUUCUUAAAACAUGUGAAGGAAUGGGAGCAUGGAGUCCAAAUUUAACUAUCAGAUAUAACCAAGACAACCAAAGAGAUUUUGAAGAGAAAGCAGCAGUACAAAUGAUAGCAUUAUUAUCUAAAAGAGCUAUGUUAGAAUUGAAUUUACAUUUAAAAACUCAUUCCUCUGGAAAACAUAGUACUUGGAAUAAUAGUACACAUCCAAUUGGAGGAUCAUAUGUACAAGUAGAGGUUGAAUUUUUUAAUCAAAUAGCUCAAAAUAGUAAGUGUAAAAAUAAUGUAUCAGUUAAAGGUUCAACAAGAUUCAAAACAUCAAAGUAA